AGCAUAAAAUUUUCUUUGUUCUGUUGGAUGAAGAACUCUUGAAAAUGUCUUUGAACAAAUUCAUGCAUCCCCGGAAUCUAUACAAAAAACGCAAACCUAACUUCAAAGAAUUAGCCUUGAAAUAUCCAGAAUUUCGAAGCCAUUUGGAACAGAAUCUUUCUGGUAAACUAGUUCUUGAUUUCAAGAAUCCUGCAGCUCUUCGCUUGCUCAGUACAAUUCUCUUGAAGGAAGAUUUUGGGCUGGAAGUCAAUAUCCCUUCCAAUCGUUUGGUGCCAACCAUUCCACUUCGGCUGAACUACAUUCACUGGAUUGAAGAUCUGAUUGUCUCUGAUCAAUCCUCUGCUCCCAUCCAGGGUAUCGAUAUUGGUACCGGAUCCUGUUGCAUCUACCCUUUACUCGGCCAUAAGCUCAAUGGCUGGAAGUUCUUAGCCACAGAACUGGAUGAAGAAAGUGCAGCCAAAGCAAUCGAAAAUGUAGAAAAGAACAACUUUCAAGACUCCAUAACAAUUAAGAAAGUCAGCAAAUUGGAGAGUUUGAGAUCAGUGGUGGAAGAAACUAAUCAGACCUAUGACUUCUGCAUGUGUAACCCACCAUUCUACAGCAACGAAGAAGAGCCAACCGUUGCUUCACCUUCAAUAAACGAGCAGCCACAUGCAGCAGCGACAGCCAGCACCGUGGAGAGUGUGACGUGGGGUGGGGAAUAUCAGUUUGUGAAUCAGUUGAUCCAGGACAGCCUGGUGCUGCGUCACAGAGUCAGGAUUUAUACCAGUAUGGUUGGCAAAAAGCAGAACAUGUUGGCCCUGAAGUAUGAGUUAAAGAAUUUGAAGAUUCCCGUCUUCUCAAGCACAGAAUUCUGUCAGGGCAAAACAAUGAGAUGGGGUCUGGGCUGGAGCUUUGACGAGAGUGUCUCUUUUACCAAAUCUUAUUUCAAAACUGAAAAGAAAAAAGAGAAAACGCCCCUAGCACUUUGUAUUCCAACUGAAAUUGCCAUCGAUUUUCCCACUUUAUGCAUUCACAUCAAAGAACUUUUGCAGGAACUGAAGAUAAACUAUGUCGAAACGAAAAGCAACAAAUGGAUUUUAAUCAUGAGUCUUUUUGCAACGGAGAACACUUGGUCUCAUCAAAGACGGCAGCGCCGACAAAGACUGCGAGAAGAACAAAGGAAACUUGCCAAAGACGGCAACACUGACAAAGACUGUGAAGAGGCAACCCCUUCUGCCAACCCUACUAUUACCUGUACUUCCUCUUCUUCUUCAUCUUCUACCUCUGUCAACACGGACAGUAAAGUUUGCCGGCCAGGCUUGUCAACUGAUGUAGCUGAAUCGGUUGAUGGCAGUGGACGUUGUGUCAGUGACUCUUGUGGCACUGGUGAAGAACUUGUGUCCAAAGAGUCUAAAGAUGCUGCAGUUGAAUCCAUUGUUGAAGAGGAAUCUUCUUAUUCUUCAUCAAUUGAAAAAGCAACACCUUCUGCUAAAAGGAAGAGAGAAUCAGAAAGUUAUGAAGAGGAGGGGGAGACGACUGCAGCAUCCGGUCCCAAAAGGGGUAGAAGAGGAGAGUUAGGGGUGAGUGUGGGUCAAGAGACUGAAGAGAGGGCAGAGAAAGAGGAACAGUGCAAUGAGAAAAGGGACGUGCAACAGAAGACGGACGGUUGCAGCAAUGCAGCAGAUGUUCGUCGUUGCAGUUUGUCCGAGGAAAGUGAAAAGGACAAAACGAGUGAGGGCAAGGAUUACCUGUUUCAGUGCUCCAUGUUUGUGAAGAGGAAGCUCACCUACAUGCAGCUGGAGCUGGCAUUGGUUGAAGGAGACGGCAGGGAAAUGCUUCAUCAGUUAUUACAGUUUUUUAGAAAUAAACUGUUGCCAUGACAACGACAACGAG